GCCGAGUCCCGUCCCGUCCGUGUUCUGUGUUUAUCGAAAUAUCCGAAAGCGACUUGACGCAGGCUCAAAUCACUGCUGAAGACUCUUAUCAGUUUUGAAUUUCUGUAGGAAAAUCAUGGCCAAGGACAAUCUUACCGCUGUACUGUAUGGCAUCAAUGACUUACGCCUGGAAAAUACAAGUAUCGAGGAACCUGGAGAUAAUGAGGUACUCUUGGAAAUGGGAUGCGUAGGAAUUUGUGGGUCGGAAAUUCAUUAUUUUGUUAAUGGCAGAAUCGGCGAUUUCAUAGUGAAAAAACCCAUGAUUGUCGGUCAUGAGGCUUCUGGUACCGUUAUCAAGCUUGGAAAUAAUGUCAAGAACUUAAAGAUCGGCGAUCGUGUUGCCAUCGAACCUGGUGUACCCUGCAAGAUGUGCGUGUUCUGCAAAGAGGGACGUUAUAAUCUGUGCAAGGAUAUAGUAUUUUGUGCAACUCCGCCUGUACACGGCAAUUUAAGACGCUUUUAUAAACACGCAGCUGAUUUCUGCUUCAAGUUACCCGAUCACGUGAGUUUAGAGGAAGGAGCGCUUUUAGAGCCAUUGUCAGUAGGAGUACACGCUUGCAAACGGGGCGGGGUCGGUAUCAAUUCUAAAGUAUUAAUUCUGGGAGCUGGACCGAUCGGUUUGGUGACGUUGCUAGUAGCCAAAGCCAUGGGCGCGAACAAAGUAGUCAUCACGGAUAUUAUGGAAUGUAAACUAAAUAUAGCGAAGAAACUUGGCGCCGACGACACAUAUUUGGUGCAAAAGGAUAGAUCGGAGAAGGAUAUGGUGGCUGACAUUCAUGCAAUUUUUGGGGAUGAACCUAACAAGACGAUAGACGCUUCCGGUGCACAAGCUUCGAUUCGUUUAGCAAUUCUUGCGACAAAAUCUGGUGGAGUUGUAGUAUUAGUUGGAAUGGGUCCUCCAGAGGUGCAAGUUCCGUUAAUAAAUGCUUUGGUCAGAGAAGUCGACAUCCGAGGUGUUUUCCGAUAUGUAAAUGACUAUAGUGAUGCAUUGGCUCUCAUCGCAUCUGGCAGAGUAAACGUGAAGCCGUUGAUUACUCAUAAUUACAAAAUGGAGGAGAUUAAACAAGCAUUCGAAACCACUAGAACUGGAGCGGGAGGAGCUAUUAAAGUUAUGAUUCAUUGUAAAUAAAUUCUAGAUAUUUUAGUAACAAAUACAUCUCGUAAUCUUCUGUGACGAGUAUUACGUGAAGAAUUUUAUUUUUUACUUGGCAAUCAAUUAUAAAAAUCAUUCCUAAAUGUUAUAAAUAGAAUUUGUAUAAAUAUGUAUAAGUAUGUUAUUGUUGAUGCAUAAAGUGGCUCAAAAUAAUAGAGAUGUUUUUGAAGUGACUGGUGAAUUUUAACAUAUUCACAUAUUUGUUGAUAUCUUACCAGAACAAUAAUGAUAUAUUUUAUAUAAGCAAUAAAGUUUUAUUCUGAUCUGAAUUAUUGCAUAAAAAAGCAUAUCUAUCGAUCCUCGAGACUUAUUUUCCACGGAAAUUAUAUAAUACCCAUUAUUUAAUAUUUGUGAAGUCUGUCAUAAGUAUUUAAAAACAGUCUGGUGUUCAACGUUAUAGAAAGCAUCGCUAUGAUUGUAUAUCUUUAUAAUGAAAAGUAUGUAGGUUAUAAAA